CCGCCUGCCACCAUCUGCCGCCGUCUGUCACCAUGAAGGUCCUCGCUGUCGCCACCAUCGCCGCUGUCGCCACCGUCGUCGCUGCCGACUACAAGUGCGUUCCCAACCCUCCGGCUCCCUCCUACGACUGCCCUGCCAGUGCCGUCGCCUGCACCAACAACCCCUUGACCGGCCUGCCCUAUGAUUCGUGCUGCGUUGCCGACCAGGGCCUGAUGGUCUUUGCCCAGAACUGGACUGCCGGCUACUGUCUCUCCUCUGCCCCCAACCACUACUGCGCCCCCUCGACCCUGAGCCACCUCCCCGACCAUAAGUUCACCGUCCACGGCCUGUGGCCCGACUACUGCAACGGAUCCUACUCCAACAGCGACCUCGGCUGCGAUCCCACCCGUCGUUACACCGAUGUCCCCGCUCGCAUCAUGGGCGCCGACUCUGACCUCUAUGGCAAGCUCCAGAAGAUGUGGAUGGGUGCCGAUGGCAGCUACGACUGGUUCUGGAGCCACGAGUUCGUCAAGCACGGCACUUGCGACUCUCAGCUCAACCCCAAGUGCUACACCAACUACAAGCCCAACGAGGAGAUUGUUGACUACACCCGCCGCAUCUACAGCCUCUGGAAGGAGUUUGAUCUCUUUGCCGCCUUCAAGAAGCACGGCAUCGUCCCCAGCAACACCACCACCUACAAGUUCAGCGCCAUGCAGGCUGCCCUCAAGGCCGAGUUCGGAUACGAGGGUGCCAUCCAGUGUGUCACCGACAGCCAGAAGAACAAGUACCUUUCUGAGAUCUGGAUGUAUCUCAUGAACGUUGCCGGCAACAAGUUCAUCCACCACGAGCCCGUUGCUGCCUACAAUGGCUGCCUCAGCACCAACCAGACCGAUGCCGAUAUCUACUACCCUCCCCAGCCCUCCCGCGGUUAA